AUGAAAUCCGAUGACUUUAACGGCGCUGCCGGCGAGCUCCCAAACGACAACAACUGGGAGUUGGUGACGAAUGUCAAGGUCAACAACGAACUCCAAGACUACACCACAUCGAACCGAAAUCUGCAGCGAAGUGGCGGCAACACGCUCCAAAUUGUCCCCUGGUAUGAAGGAAACCGGUGGACCUCUGGCCGCGUCGAGUCCAAGUAUGAAUUCACCCCUACAUCCGGGAGCGUCACCAUGGUGGAGGCGAGCAUCCGGUUUGGCGAUAACCCCACUGUCAACAAGAGGGGAUACUGGCCCGCAUUCUGGCUCCUCGGAGCCGCGAUUAGGAACGGGGUCGACUGGCCUCGAUGCGGCGAGAUUGAUAUCCUCGAGACCGUCAACGGCCAACUUGAAGGCUUCGGGACGGUCCACUGCGACAUCUAUCCGGGGGCGCCUGCAACGAACCCAUGGGCCCAAACCAUUACUUGGUAUCGCGAUGAGCAGCAAUUCCAUCAGAUUUCCGGCGCUGCUAUUGCCAGCGAAGGCAUCUGGAAAACCCUCGCUCAGGCUCCCUUGUUCUUCAUUCUCAAUGUUGCCGUUGGUGGAAACUUGCCUGGAGAUCCAGACAGCAAUACACGUGAUGGGUAUGGCAGCAUGAUGGAGGUAGGAUAUGUUGCUCACUAUGUUCAGAGCUGA